AUGACGUGUCUCGGUCACAACUGUCCCCAGAGUCCCCCUCCCCCUUCCACGCGUGUCCCUCCCCCAUCCCAGCUGGACGCACCAAUUGGCUUGAGUGUGUGCAGCGACGGAGCUGCUGGGAGUCCCCGAAGGGCGGCUGCCACUGUUUCCUGGCACAGUCCCUCAGCUCUCACACCAGCUUACACCCCAGCCCUCACACCCCAGCCCCCACACCCCAGGCCUCACACCCCAGCCUCACACCCCAGCCUCACACCCCAGCCCCCACACCCCAGCCCUCACACCCAGCUCUCAUACCCAGCUUACACCCCAGCCCUCACACCCCAGGCCUCACACCCCAGCCCCACACCCCAGGCCUCACACCUCAGCCUCACACCCCAGCCUCACACCCCAGCCCCCACACCCCAGCCUCACACCCCAGCCCCCACACCCCAGGCCUCACACCCCAGCCCUCACACCCAGCUCUCAUACCCAGCUUACACCCCAGCCCUCACACCCCAGGCCUCACACCCAGCUCUCACACCCCAGCCCUCAUACCCUAGCCCUCACACCCAGCUCUCAUACCCAGCUUACACCCCAGCCUCACACCCCAGCUCUUACCCACACAGCUUACACCCCAGCCUCACACCCCCACCUCACACCCCAGCCCUCACACCCCAGGCCUCACACCCAGCUUACACCCCAGCUCUCACACCCCAGCCUCACACCUCAGCCCUCACACCCCAGCCUCACACCCCAGCCCUCAUACCCCAACUCUUCCCUUCCCUCAGCUGUGUGCAGGCUGGUGUAAGCAUCUCACUAAGGUCACCCCAGCUCAGUCCUCUGCCCGGCGUGAGUCUCCGCCGUGGCUGGAACCGUGGCGAAACGAAGCUUCUCCGGCCACAGGUGUGA